AUGCUUCCUCGUCUUACCGCCAUGACUCGCUCCAUACGCUCUGCGGGGUGUCUCAUCAUUGGAGAUGAGGUACUAAAUGGCAAGAUUCUCGAUACCAAUCUGUUUGAGUUUGCGAAAUUUUGCUUCAAUGAACUCUCUGUGCCAUUGAAGAAGACUAUUGUAUGCGGCGACGAUACGGAAGAUAUCAUCCAGUCUCUCGAGAUUUUGAGACAGAACAAGUGCGAUUUCAUUGUGACAAGUGGAGGCAUUGGAUCUACGCAUGACGACAUUACAUAUGAAGCACUUUCCCUGGCUUUCCACUUGCAGUGUCUGCUAGACUCAGAAACGGUCGAUAAAAUGCAUGCGCUCAGGGGGCCAUACUUGCUGCUGUUAUCGAAGUCUCAAUUGGAUUCGUUCUAUAGAAUGGCUACUUUACCGCAGGCUUCCGAUGAUGUUUCUGUUCUGAAGCUUUUCACAGAUGAAAGUCUAUGGGUGCCCAUUGUUGGCAUCAAUGAGCAAGUUUACGUUUUACCGGGAGUACCCCAAUUGUUCAAAAAGCUUUUAACGGGAUUGGGCGCUUCUUUGAAAGACCGUGUGAAACCAGAGAAAUUCACUCGGUUUUUCGUCCAAACUACGACAGGUGAAAGCAGUUUGGCACCAUUUUUAAGCGACCUCCAAAAUCAUUGCAACACUAUUCAUGGCCCUGGGAAAAUUAAAUUGGGAUCUUACCCACACUUCAAUUGGAAAAUCAACACAAUUAGCAUAAUCGGUGACAGCUCGGUGUCUUCAGGAGACUUACGCCUUGUGGUAGACAAAGUCAUAAAGAAUGUUGGGGAGAAUGCAAAGGAAAUUACUUUGCAGGAAGAAGAGUACAUGACCACAAAUGAACCACAACCGUAA